CCUUAGGCACAUGCACACACUAUGUGCUGUCUUUCUUUCUUUGUUGGAGAAAAGGUCAUCGUUGGCCCCCUGGUCACGUUGCUGCGUCUACAGAAAAACUAUGUAGCCUACGCUUGAGCAAACAAGCCUGUGCUUGUAGGAGUGCAGUCUGCAGCUCUGUUGCUCUCUCGUCAAAGCCAAGCACACUAACAAAACUAUAGAUGUUAGUAAAGUUCUUGGUGUAGGCUACAUGAUAUUACAGCAGAUUUAAAAAUGUUUUAUAUCCAGCACAAUUUGUUUAUCAGAUGGUCUUUAGUUGUAGUUUGGUGUGUAGCCUUGAUGACUGAGACGUCCACUCUACAAGCAGAAGACAAACAGUCACGUCAGUCUGCUGUGCAUAAGGACGCCAGGCUGGUGGACGGUGCCGGCAAGUGCUCUGGCAGGCUGGAGAUGAAGUGUCAAGGAGAGUGGAGAGCUCUGAACAUCAGGAACACAGGCAGACAGCACAGUUUCGGGUAUGCAGAAGUCGCAUGCAAGCAGAUGGGUUGUGGCUCUACUCUUUCAAUAACACAAAGCACCAACGUGACAAAUCUACCAGCAUGGGAGGUUGACUUUGUGUGCAAGGGCUCUGAGUCCACCCUGAAGGAGUGCAGAAAUCACAGAACACGAGGUAUGCAGAGGAGAGUAAACUCUACCUACAGUCUGCAGGUGAUCUGCUCAGAGUCUUUGAGGCUUGUCGGGGAUUCAGAAAUCUGCUCAGGAGGUGCGGAGGUGAAGUCUGAUCAGGGUUGGGUUUCAGUGUGUGAGGACGGCUUCGACUCUGAGACUCAAAAGAUGUUCUGCAGGGAGCUUGGCUGUGGUCCUCCACGGAACUUUCGUUGGGGGUCACCUAUAGGAAAUCCCUCCUUAUUCAAACAGUUCCAGUGUAAAGGCAACGAGUCCCGUCUGGAGGACUGUGUCAGUUUCAUGAAAGAGGAAUGCAGACAAGCGGCUAGAAUAAUAUGCUCUAAAGAGACCGAUCUGAGGCUAGUGGGAGGAGAGACUCUCUGUCAAGGCACACUGGAGGGAAAGCAGGCUGCAGAGUGGAGGCCUCUGGAGGAUGGCUGGAAUUCCUUGAAACCAGAACACUUUGCCAAGGUUUGUGGGAAGAUGGGAUGUGGAGGUUUCAUCUCAGUCUCAAGGAACAAUCUUCCAGAGCUUCGACCUGUGUGGCUGACUGACUGUGAGACGAGUUCCUCAUUUUGUAAGUCAUGGAGGGGGACUAGUUCAAACUUAGCCCUGGCUGUGACUUGUGAAGAGGAUACGACGCUCGUGAAAGGACCCAGCAGAUGCUCAGGAAAACUACAAGUGAGGUCCGGUCAGUCGUGGCAUCCAGUAUGUUAUUCUUUCUUCAGCUUGGAGGCGGCACUCGUCACCUGUAGAGACCUGAAGUGUGGUUUCCCUGAGAACGACAGGAGUUCUAACUUCACCAGAAGUCCUGUGUUGAACUGUGCAGGAACAGAGAAGCAUCUGAGGGAUUGUCCCUCCAUCAGCGCCACGGAGGAGAUGCUGCAGGAAUGUGAUGAAGUGUCCUUGACCUGCACAGAACUUCCACCAGCACCAUACAUCAACAUUCACAAUGUGCAAGGAUCAGAAUUUGUGUCUACAUAUCCGCCAAAGGUUUUCAAGGGCCAUCGCUUCGCCAUCUCUUGCACCGUGGAUUCACCUUACAGCGUUCUCUCCAUCCGCCUGAAAUCUCACAUUGGCACUGAUCACCCCAACGAGUGGAUCCAGUCACCUCACGACAAGAAAGCCGUCUUCAUCUUUCCUGUUGCUGAGGAUGCUCACCAGGGAACCUACCAGUGCGAUUACAACUUCAAUUUCAGUUCAGACAUUUUCUCACAGCCGAAGUUUAUCUCCGUUCAAGUGGAAGAGCUGAACAACGUCCGGCUGGUGAAUGAGGAGACGGAGUGUGCUGGUAGACUGGAGCUGGAGGACGGGGGCGAGUGGAGGCCCGUGAGCCAUCGUCACUCCUGGAGUCUGAAGGAGGCGGCCGUGGUGUGCAGACAGCUCGACUGCGGCUCCGCUGUCUCCACCCGCGGAGUGGAGCGAUCCGCUGGACUUCAGCACGCGUGGCGCUUUUAUUCUGACUGCGACGGCUCUGAGCGUGCUCUGACGGACUGUGGGACGGUGAAGAAGUGGCCGUCCUCUUCCGCCGUCCAAGUCGUCUGUUCAGGAAUCCUCCUUCAACCGAACAUUUCUCUCUUCUAUACGAUGCGUGAAUUGUUAGACUAUCAGCCGCGGUACAUUUUGCUCUCCAAAGGCCACAGCUUCAGCAUCACCUGCUCUGUGAAGCCACAAUACCCCGGAGGCUACUUCGGCAUCCGCUUCAACCAAGCUAUCAGCAUCUCCCAACCAGCUGUCAAUCACACGGCACACUUCAUGUUUCCAGCAGCAGACGAGGCUCACACAGGGACCUACAGCUGUGUUUAUGUAAACUUUGUCUUCAGUCACAACUUCUCUUCUGAGAGUCAGAGCUUAUCCGUCAAGGUGGAAGCAGAGUUCCUGGAGGUGAAGUUGGUUGAUGGCGUGCUCAGAGAGGAUGACGGCGAGUCCUGUGCCGGCAGACUGUUUGUGAAAUACUUGAACUCGCUUCUGCUCCUGAGUGCAGAGACGACAGUGUGGGACAUGAAACAUGCGUCUUUGGUGUGCAGACAGCUCGGCUGCGGUUCUGCAAUUUCAACCAAAGACAUUAAACUUCCCAAAAAAGAAUUGAUGGCACGUUUCUUCUCCGACUGUGAUGGAUCUGAGUCUGCGCUGCUGGGCUGUGGGACUGUGCUGCCGUGGUUUUCGUCCUCUGCUGUUGAGCUGGUCUGCACAGGCCAUCAGGGCGGAGCAGACAAGAACUGAGGAUAUGAAGGUGGACGGCAAAAACCUGAAUGCUGAGUGCGACCUGAAUGUACCCUGCAGAGAGGAAAAGGCAGCAAGAUGCUAACAAUCUAUAUAACGUUACUGUUUUAACAGAAUUAUAUCUUUAACUUGUGCAGGGAUAAAAAAAAUAUAUAUAUAUACACUACCGGUCAAAAGGUUUAGAA